GCAGGGUUCAGAACAACCAGCGGUGUUCAGUGUUGCGUCCAGCAGAGACUCCAACUGAGGAAUCUAAGAGCAAAACAGAGGUAUCACCUCCAGAAAAGAGUAGUAAACAUCGAAGCGCUUCUCGUAGCAAGAAAUCAAAAAUCUCUGCUAAAUCGAGAAGAGAAUAGCGCCCUUCAACGUCAAGGUGAGUUGGCUCCCUUCGGAAUAGGAUACAACUAUCAG